CAUGCGCGUGUUGGUUCUUUUGUCAUCGCAGUGAAAGAGGUAGCUAUAGCGCUUCGUGCAAAGCCUGUUUUGCAGAUCUGAAGGCUUACACGGACUCGUACGUGUGUAUUUACUUCGUCAAGUUCAGGAGAACCUCUGCAGCAACGGAAUAACGCGAAAGGAAGGGUCCGAGAGCUUGGAACUCUAAAUAGAGCACACCGGAGAAUGAUGUACAGCUUUCCUGGCCAGCCUCUGCCAGGAGCUACUUAUGGAGGGCCUCCUACAGGAGGGUAUGGGGCUCCGCCCACUGGGUCCUACGGAGCCCCGCCCACUGGUGGCCAGUAUACAGCUCCACUGCAGCCUUACCAGGCCCCUCCUCCCCCUACCGACAUGAUGGCUUGUAUGUCAAUAGGCCAAGCGAGAGCUCCCCUGCCAGGGGGGUCGUCGCAAUUUCAACCUCCCCCCAGCGGGGGUCAUAAUUUCAGACACCCUGCUCCAACAUAUCAUCAGGGGCCGCCCCCUGGAGGGAAUUUCCCGGGUUCAACAAGUGUUCCGCAACCACACGUUCCCCCACAUUCGGCCCCUCCUCCGACUAAUUUCGGGGGCCCCCUGACUUCAGGACACGCUCCUACAAAUUACGGCCAGCCUCCCAUUUCAGGACAACAUUUAGGACACCCUUCACCUCCGCCAGUUUCAGGACACGCUCCGAUGGGAUACGGACCUCCCCCACCAAUUUCAGGACAACCAAGCUCUCAACCUGGUGGUUACGGGCAGUCUCCAUCAGGACAAGUUCCACCGAUGAGCCACGCCCCACUUUCAGGACACGCUCAACCUCCAGGAAUGUUAGGACAACCUCCGCCACCAACUUCAGGACAGGCUCCGCCUAUGAGCCACGCCCAACAUCCAGGAAUGUUAGGACAACCUCCACCACCCACUUCAGGACAGGCUCCGUCUAUGAGCCACGCCCAACAUCCAGGAAUGUUAGGACAACCUCCGCCUCAUGAGCCACGCCCAACAUCCAGGAAUGUUAGGACAACCUCCACCACCAACUGCAGGACAGGCUCCGCCUAUGAGCCACGCCCAACAUCCAGGAAUGUUUGGACAACCUCCAUCUUCAGGACAAGUUAUGCCCCCUCGACCAGGAAUGCUAGCAGGACCCCCCAGUUCAGGACAAAUGUACGGACCCCCAAUGCAUCCUACAGCGAUGCACGGCGGACCCCCUCCAACAGGCCCCCCAUUUAUGUCAGGGGGUCCUGCUCCUCCUCGGGGUCCCCAAAUGGUUCCCCCUCCAGGGAGUCCUGGGGGACCCAUGAGUGCGCCACCCGGGGGAAUGGUGCAGCAACCUCCCAGGACUCGGAUUGAUCCUGAGCAGAUGCCAAAUCCUGUUGCUAUGAUGAGGUUGGAUCAAGAGCAACGAGGCUCCGCCCCCUACCACACCUCAUCUAGGGGAAUCCCUCCGCCCCUCGUUACCACCAACUUCACCGUCGUCGAUGAUGGUAUCAGCAGUCCUCGGUUCAUUCGAGCGACACUCUACAAUGUCCCUGCUACUAAAGACCUGCUGAACAGCUGUCGCAUUCCUCUGGGGCUCGUCGUGCAACCCAUGGCAACCAUCCCUGAACAGGAAAACACCAUUCACCUGGUGGACCACGGGGCGGGAGGUCCGCUGCGCUGCAACCGCUGCAAGACUUACAUGAAUCCCUUCGUGAGGUUCGUGGACGGAGGUCGGCAAUACCUCUGUCCCAUCUGCCAGUGCUCCAACGAAGUGCCUCCUGAGUAUUUCUGUCAUUUGGACCACAAGGGGAUGCGCACUGACCUCAUGUCGCGACCCGAGCUGAUAUUUGGUACCGUCGAAUACAGGGCAACUGUUGAGUACUGCAAGGACGGCAGAUUGCCGAAGGCUCCAGCCUACAUCUUCCUGAUUGACGUGUCCGCUGCCAGUACCAACAGUGGACUCCUCCCUCUCCUCUCUCAGAACAUUCUCACCGUCCUCGACCACCUCCCCGACUCCAGCCAGGAAGAAGGCUCCCCGAUACUAGUGGGUCUGGCGACCUACGAUAAGGUCCUCCAUUUCUACAACCUGAAGCCGACUCUCGCUCAGCCGGGCAUGAUGGUCGUCACGGAUACAGCAGAUAUGUUUGUUCCGAUGGUGGACGGUUUCCUCGUGAACGUGAAGGAAGCUCGAGGAGUUAUGGAAAGCCUCCUCUCCCAGCUGCCAGGGAUGUUCUCUGGUGCCAGACCAUCGGAAGUCAUCCUGGAACCAGCCGUCAGAGCCGGUCUGGAGGCACUCAAGGCAGCUGGCCGAAACGGUCGGCUGUUUCUGUUCCAUACCGGCCUCCCGUCGGCCCAGGCUCCGGGACAGCUCAAGAACAGACUGGAUUCCAAACUGUUGGGAACUGACAAGGAAAAAAGCCUACUGCAACCUGUCAACUCGUCGUACAAGAAGCUGGCCGAGGAGUGUGUGAAACACGGAGUGGCCGUCGAGCUGUUCCUGACUCCGCCCACCUACUGCGACGUGGCGACGCUGGGCGGGCUCUGCAGUACCACCGGAGGACAGCUGCAUCUCUUUACUAAUUAUCAGACUGCUGCUGAUGGUUCGAGGCUGAUAUCUGAACUCAUCAACUGUGUGUCCAGACAGACUGGGUUUGACGCCGUCAUGAGAGUCAGAGCCAGCACUGGUCUUCGGCCUACUGGGUUCUACGGAGCAUUCUUCAUGCAAAACACGACCGACAUCGAGUUAGCCAACAUUGACUCUGACAAGGCCAUCGCCGUGGAGAUUAAACACGACGACAAACUCAAGGAAGACGAGAACCCAUUCUUUCAGGCGGCUCUACUGUACACAACCUAUAGAGGCCAGUCGCCAGCCGGGCAGCUCAUUCUGCCAGAGAGCCUCAAACUCCUCCCCAUGUACACCAACUGCAUCCUCAAGAGUGACUGUCUCCUAUCACCUCCUAUACUGCCGCUGGAUGAGAAGUGUUGGUUGAUGUACAGUGUCCUGUCUUUGUCUCUGGAGCAAUCCGGAGCUUUCUUCUACCCACGAAUGAUCUCUCUGCAUGAUGUUGAUAUAGAAGAAAAAGGGCUUCCUCCUGUUUUAAGAUGCACUGGACAGAAGCUGCAGGACACUGGUGUUUACGCAAUAGAGAACGGGUUCCAGCUGGUGGUGUGGGUGGGGCAGCAGGUGUCACAUGACUUCAUGUCUCAAGUUUUCGGAGCUCCUUCUGUAGCUCAGAUCAACACUGACAUGCCGUCUCUCCCAGCUCUAGACAACCCCCUCUCAUUCAGAGUGAGAGGAAUAUGCGCCCAUCUCCAGGCUACCAGGCAACUGCAGCUGAAGCUGAGAGUGGCGAUACAGAGAGACAAGACGGAGGUGUUCUUCCGUCGGAUGCUGAAGGAGGACAAGGGGGCGGGGCAGUGGGAGGGGACUAAUUACGUCGACUUCCUCUGCCAGAUCCAUCGCGACAUCAAGGAGCUCCUCAACUGA